ACCCGAGUGCCACUCAAGUAUUACUCUAUCCUUGUUAUUUACCGAACGUUAAACAAGGACAUGACACCCAGAGAACACCCGGAUGGGAAUCUGAACACGAGCCAGGCUGCAGCCUGCAGCUUAACUUCAUUUAUUAUUUUUUCUCUUUCUUUCCAGAUUUAAUCAUAUGUCUAUCCUGUUUUAAGUACAAGAAUAAAAUAAAAAGAAAAAUUAAAAAUUCGAUUUAUUAACACGUUUGCAUGUAAAUUUCAUGUUUCAAAUUCUUCGGAUAUUAUUUACCUGAUUUCACGAGCGUUUGUAAUAAAAAAUUAAUUAGCGGAUAAUUCCAUUUAUAUAUACUGUUCGAAUAUCGAACAUUUUUAUUGGUGAUUGUCGAUGACGUAUUCAGUUUUAUCAAUGAGAGAUCGAUCGGGAGCUCGGGUUCCACGUGAAGCCGCAGUGAUAAUCCGCAUGAUAAUUGUAGAGUAAUUAAACACGCUUAGCUGAAGCUUCCUCAGAGGGCUGUAGCAACCGGGCGAAGAGUUCAGAAGUUCAGAUUAGUUGAGAAGGCGUUUAGCUUAGAUGCUAAUUAAACAAUGGUUAUGGUAUAUGAAGAGGUCUAAUCGGCUAUGUAUCGAGUCCAGUGAUUAAUUUUAGUCGUGUAACUUUUUUCCCUCAAGUACUUUUAUUUAGGGCAUUCAGAUAACGCUGGUGCGAGAGAUUGCGUCCUGGCCGGCCGGCGGUGACGCGACACGUGUUAUCGACAAACAUAUAUAUCGCUUGAAAAUUGAAAUAAGGUACGCUGUCGCGGGUUCUUUAGCCGUUUAAAUUCACACACGUUCACGAUUUCUAAAUAAUUUUAAGAGAAUGGUCAAACUAGGAAAUAUUCAGCCACCAGAGAUGCUGCUGCGGAUAUAUUCGUUGUGCAUCUUAGGAUUGGAUCUCGUGAUAUUCAUCAUCGGAGUGUGCUACACAAUCCUGAUCGCUGCCUAUAGAAUGUUUAGACCACCACCAUUGAAAAAUCUCAACUAUGAAGUGGCUAUGGUCGUAGGUGCAGGACGUGGGAUAGGCAAGGAACUUGCUCUACAGCUGUGUCAAUUUGGUGUCGUAGUUGCUUGUGUAGACAUUAAUGCAGCAUCUUGCACUGCUACUGUGGAACGUGCUCAACAGUUACAUGGAAUAUGUAAAAGCUAUCAGUGCGACGUGAGAAAUAAAGAUGCAGUUGCUCAAAUUGUGAAUCUUAUUAAGAUCGAAUUUGGAAACAUUACAAUGCUUUUCCAUUGUUGUGGUUUGCCCAGCCCACGUACAUUAAUACAAGAAUCGUCAGAAGUAAGAGACACUAUGGACUUAUCAGUCAUCAGUUAUUUUUGGUUGUUGGAUUCAGUUUUGCCAUGUAUGCGACAAGCUGAUAAAGGCCACAUUACGAUUCUUUCAUCCGUUGCUGGUCUUUCUAAUGGAUCCAGUGGUCGAGGAACCCGGGUUCCCUUAUCUACUGCACAAUUUGCUGUCCAAGGAUUAGCAGAAUCCUUGCAUAUGGAAUUAAGACAUUCAAAUAGCAACAUCAUCGUUUCAUUGGUUCACGUUUAUCCCUUUAUCGUUGGAACGGAAGUUGCAAAAGACAUACGUUUUAGAAUACCGAGUUACUUUGGUACAAUGCCUGCCGUAGAAGCUGCUAGACAAAUUUUAGAUGGUGUUCGCCGAAACUACGCGGAGUUUAGUGUACCAGGAUAUUUGCUUUAUCUUGGACAUAUACUUAGGAUUCUUCCAAAAAAGGCAUCUUUUAUGUUACGCGAUUUGUUAGAUACUGGAGUUGACUUUGCGUAAUGUUAAUAUAAACAUAUAUAUAUAUAUAUAUA